AUGAGUUCGCAAAACAUCCUCUUUUUGGUCGUGUUUUGUCUCAAUGCUCGUCAGUCUCUGCAGACGAAUGCCACGAGUCGGCAGUUCUGGAGACCCGUGAAUGUGGACAACCUCUUCCAGGGCUCCAUUCGCCUCCAGAACACGCCCUGCAAUACAGACGGCGACGCCGGCACCUGUCUCGCCGAAAACGACUGUCGCUCGCGCGGGGGAACCGGUUCCGGGCAGUGCGGCCGCAGUGGCCUCAAGUGCUGUACCUUCAAGUUCACGUGUUCGGGAAAGACCUCUUCCAACGAGACCCUCUUCGUGAACCCGUCCUAUCCGUUGGGCGAGAACGGCACCAACACGUGUCAGGUGACCAUCCAGAACGCGCCCGACGUCUGCCAACUUAGACUAGACCUCGAGGAGUUCAGUCUCUCGCCGCCCGACGAAUACGGCAGAUGUACUAAAGACUCGUUUAUGGUGCGCACGACUGUCGGCGAACGCCUGCCAAUGCUUUGCGGCGAAAACAAAGGCCAACACUUGUACGUGGAUAUGGGCCGCGGAUCCGGAAAUCCGGUCGUUCUGUCCGUCAUCACGAAUGACAUCGACUUCUCGCGCAAGUGGAAGAUCAAGAUCUCUCUGAUCCCGUGCAACAACUACGUGAUGGCGCCGUCCGGUUGUCUCCAGUACUACCGCCUGCCCUCUGACGUCAUCCGCUCCUUCAACUACGGCCCUCGAGUGGACUCGAAGUCGCGCUAUCUGUCGAACCUUCGCUACACGUCUUGCAUUCGCGUCGAAGAGAACUUC